UGAGAAGUCUUGUAGGAGAGUCAAGUUGUUUUGGAUGACUGUGUAUCAAGCUGUCUCCCAAGUUCUCUGUAUUCUCUGACAUCUACUGAAACCAUGCCCACUGAUGCCCAGACCGAUGCUCGCUCCUUCCUGAGUGAGGAGAUGAUUGCCGAGUUCAAGGCGGCCUUCGACAUGUUCGACACCGAUGGCGGCGGCGACAUCAGCACCAAGGAGUUGGGCACCGUCAUGAGGAUGCUGGGUCAGAACCCCACCAGAGAGGAGCUGGAUGCCAUCAUUGAAGAGGUUGAUGAGGAUGGCAGUGGCACCAUCGACUUUGAGGAGUUCCUGGUCAUGAUGGUGCAACAGUUAAAGGAGGACCAGGCUGGCAAGACUGAGGAGGAAUUGUCUGAAUGCUUUCGAAUUUGUGACAAGAAUGGUGACGGCUUCAUCGACCGUGAGGAGUUUGGUGAGAUCUUGCUCGCCACAGGGGAGCCUGUGACAGAGGAAGAAAUUAAUGAAAUGAUGGCAGAGGCUGACAAAAACAAUGAUGGCAAGAUUGACUUUGACGAAUGGCUGAAAAUGAUGGAAAAUGUACAGUAAAGAAACAAGCAACAUUCCUCUGCUACCUGAGUGUGGCACCUUCCUAAUAUGUGGCACUUGAUGUGAAGAAAUCCCUCCCCACACUAAAAGAGGAAAAAAACGAUGGGGAUCCAAGAGGAACUGGAGUAUUCAGCACCCCUCUGUGACAGCACCACCUUCUCACUGGCAUUGUGGGGCUCAGAAUGUGCAUAAAUAUAUACACUAAUAUCUUAAGAACGAACCACCCCCACCAUUGCGUUACAGCUGUCUCUUUCACACUUGCUAUUGUUUAAGACGGACGUGCUUGCGGAUAUGCUCACAUGAAAAAAUAAACCUGCUUCCCAG